GUUGGAUGGUUAGAAGGACAGUGGCUCCAACCCACCAGGGUUCAAAUUCUGAUGCUUCUAUUUAUCUUGAAUUUAUUUUAGGAUUUCUCAGUGGGAGGAGAAGUUUCCGUCGACUACGAGUCGCGAGUUCAGUGGAAAGCCAGUCGGAUCUCCCGAGUCCCGAGCGAACCCCAGCGAGAGCAAAUCCCUAACCCUAACCCUAGCUAGGAGGAUGAUGGAGGCGGAGGGGGAGGACUUGUGGUCGAUGAUGGCGGCGGAGACGGAGACGGCGGAGGAGUGGAAGCUGGCGCGUGAGUCCGAGUGCCGUUUGCGCAAUUGCGAGUGCCGCUGGCGUAGUCUCUGCUCCCCCCGGAUCCCCCGCGUGGCCCCCGGGACGGACUACUCUUCCACCCCCGCCGGUGCCGGCGCCGGCGCCGGCGCCGACCGCCCCGGCUGGUCGCUGCUCGUCGGCCUCAAGGACGGCGUCGUCCUACGGCUCAAACGCUUCCGCGUGGCGCGGUCCGGGCGGAUCCUCGGCCGGAGCGACGACGCGCUCGAGGCUUUCCACGACAUCAAGACGCGGACUGGUCGCAGGUUCGACGCCAGCGCCGCCCUGGCUCCCGACGGCCGCUCGCUCUGCGUCCUGCGCCAGGAGGACGACGGUGCCGGCAAGCAACCCCAUGCCCUGCACCUAACUCUGCAGCAGCCCCAGACAGACACAUCUCCGGAGCAUCUUCCUUUCCCGCCGGAGAUUCAAGCAGGGAGGAGUCGUAACUGCAUGCCCAUCUCCGCCGCUGGCCACAUCUUUGCUGUGUGCCCCAUCGUAGAAUAUGGCGUCAAGUUGAGCCUCCUCAUGCGACCCCUGCAUCCGCUCCCCGAGGGCGGGGGCGUGGGCCAAUGGGAGCAGGUCGGCCAACACAAACACGACAAGGACAAGUACCGGUGGUUGGGCGGCGGGUUCCUCCAGGGCUACGCCGUGCUCCCCGGCCCCCUCAUCCUCAUAUCCUUGAAGCAAGACCGCGGCUUCUUCACCUUCGCCCCUUGCUUCGGCUCCCGCGACUGGACCCCGGUGCUCACCGACGAAACAAGGCCGCCGCGAGACUACAUCCCUAUUGCCGGCCGCGGCGUCUACAUGGAGCAAGACAAUGCCAUCUACAUGCUCCGUGGGAACACCAUCUAUGCCUACAAGCUCAGCUACAUACACCAGGAUCAGGGUGAUGAUCAGGGGAGGGGGAGGCUCAGGCUGGAUCCGCCCAUCACCAUCGACUCUGUAUGUCCUUACAGUUCAUGUCAUGGGUGUGGCUUCCUCACCCGUCUCGACGGUCGGCUCAUGUGCUCCGUCUGGAUCAGCCUGGCACCACGUCAACAAUUAGAAGAUUGCCGGUGUGACAACCUACAUGCCAUUGUCACCACCUUCAACCUCCAAGAUCCAGCUCAGGGGGGAAUAGAGGUGCUGCAUUCCUCUUUCCGCCGGGUAGACAUGGAGCGCAAUCGAGAGAACCAGGAAUUCUGCUUUCUACAGGAGUACGAGGACAAGGAUUGUCCGGUGCUGCUGCAACACCAAGAAGGGCAUGAGAAGGAUCUAACCAGCUGUUCCCAGCAACACGUCGACCAACCCUCCAAGAUGCUUGAUUGUUGCAGACGGUUUCUCGAAAUGAAAGACUGUCCAAGCUUUUGCUUUUCCUGCGGCACCAAAGGUCACGUUGCCCGCGACUGCUCUCUCCCGUCACAGCAGCCCUUGCCGGCAAUGCCUCACCGCACGCUGGUUGGCUGUCCUUCAAUGCAACACCGAGUCCCUUUUGAAAGGCGUCCGGUUGCUACAACAAGUAUCAAUAAAGAUCUGUUUAUCAUCUGCCAAGCUGGGUCAGAACUAGUCAUCUACCAUACAGGCGUUAUGGAUGAGACUUCACUGUUGCAAGGAGGAGGAGACGACGGCAAGCUUCUCCAACCGUCGUGUUAUGUUGCAGCAUAUGUUGGUGAUGGUGACUAUUGGCACUUUUUCCUUCACAGUGGCUCAAAAAUACACGCCGUUUCGAGGAAUAGAGAUGGCAUGCUUGAGUUUAGUCUGAACAAGGACCGUACGAUGGCUAUGGAUCGUCUAUCUGUACGGCGGCUGCCAAGUGCUGAUACUUUUGUUUUGUUUAUCACAGUUGGUGGAGAGACCAUUGCCCUUACUGAUACUCUGAAAGUUUUCCAUCAGACAAGGUUCAGUUAUGGAUCCACCACGUGGCUGCGUUGCAAGACAGAUCAGUCGCAUGUUCUCCACAGGAAGGUUAUGAUAUCUGGAUAUGUAGCAGUGAAUGACGAUUCCUUUAUAGUCUGUGAUGCUCUCACAGGUUCCUGUCUUUUGUUUGACCUGGGUGCCAAGCAAUGGCGUGUUGUCAUGCCUUGGGCAGCAUUCGCAGAGGACCUGCCAAGGACUUGCCCUACAAAGUGCCAUUUAAAUGGUAGAUGUGUGUCUGUCGAUGGCUUUAUCUACACAUGCAGAGAUGGAGGGCUUGCUGCUUAUCAGCUGCUUGAUAAAGAUCAUUCUGUGUAUCUCAGCGAGCCCAUCCUUUUGCCAUUCUCAUGGCUUGUGGAUGAUUGUGUGGGUGAGGACAUGUGCUUGGAUUAUGCUGGCAAAGAUGUGGACUCUGGUGCUAUUUUGUUUUACGUGGUGCAACUGCAAAGUGGAUAUCGUCCGCCCAAGCAUGAUGUACAGAUCACCAUUGUCCAGGUUAAGACUAAAGCAACAACCAGCAGCAAGAAAAGGGAACCAGUGCGAGUUACCCCCGUGGACUGUGUCACGCGGUUCAUACAUCACGAGGAAGCCGUCGAUGCCAGAUGCUGCUUUGCGCUCUAGCUCCAUCUUGUUUGUGAUGGAUGCAUGCAUGCAUCAUGAGUUACCCUAUUAUUACUUAUAUGUUCCCAGCAUGCAAUGUUUGUAACCUCUAACCUUGCUUGCAUGGCAUCUUUUGGAAGCUGCAACUAGUUGUAUAUUUUGGUGAUGUAUAACUUAUAUUUAUCUAGACUAUUAGUUGUAUUUUGGUUGUGGUGAAACUUAUAUUUAUCUAGACUAGAGGGCCUGUAUGUAAUGGCUGGUGACCUUGGUUAAAUUAAUGAUCCCAAACAUUUGCUACCUGUAGCCAAGUAUUAAGGCUUGACAAGAAAACGGUACUACUCAUAAGGUUGAGAUGCAGAACUGUCACCUAAUUUGGGAACUGCAUUAUUAAUUAGGUGCGGCUGUAGGUUUAGUCUGUGUUGCCCUCUAAUUUCUAGGUGUUCACUACAUAAUUUGAAUGUACAAAUGGCUUAGCAUCAACUUCAUCCACAUUGCUCUGCUCCAAUUGUUGCAUUCACCUAGCUCAAUUAAUUUGUCUGGUUGUCUCCAUUACCGAAAAAAGUGGACUAAAUUUUCUAGCUUUCAUAUGUAUUUGAUUCUAAUGUAGUGUUUAAGAAUGAAAUCACUCAAGUUUUGCACUCCAGUACCUUAAUAUAUUCAAUGUACCUUUUGCACAUGUACCUUCUGGAAGUAUGUUGCAUCUGAAUUUAGCGGCAUUUGCAUCCAUAUGACAGAUAAUAUCUAUGGAGUGGCUUACUCAACCAAGUAUCAUGGUUUUUGGUGAAAAUAUUAAGGUAAGGUUGUCCCUGCUUUCUUCUUGUUUGAUGUACUGACUCCUGAUGCAUGAAUGUUGUUUAUUCUGAUAAAUAAUGUUUGAUUAGUUUGUGUAUGCAACUCAGAGCUAUGAUAGAACUCAUGAAAUUGGGUUGUUUCUAGAACUUCAAAUGAUUCUGAACAUAAGUAAUAACGAAAUGGAACUAUGUAUGCUGGAAACGCAAUAAAGUGCAGUUAUGCAUGUGUUUUGACAUGCUUAGAGGUCACAACGUGCCAUGGACGCUGAUCACAAUCCUCAGCAAGAUGACAAAAGUGCAUAGGUGCUGGUGUAUUUCUAAUAGUCAUAUCUCAUAGGUGCUAAUAACAACCUGGUGUAUUUCGUUUUUUCAGGGCGCGAAGAAAUAAUAUUGAAGUGUUGUAGGUUGAAAAUAUAAUUGACGAAAAACAUACAGGGAAAAAGGUCUUGCUAGAAAUUGUUUAUGAUGUUGAAUUCUCUCCCCUUGUAAUUAUUAGCUUCUAGCCUUAUAUUUGAUGACUCACCUGAUCACUAUAAUUGAUCAUUUCAACUGCGACACAGGUAAUUUUCGACACUCCCUUUUUACCUCUGAACAAGUUUAAUAAUUACUUCGAUAUUUAGAAUAUGCUCCUUAUGUCUCUUAUCAUUUCUUAAAACGACACAUAUAUAAGACCCAACUAUUUGAUUGUUGUUUUGUUUAAUCAGAAUCAUUGGGGAAGAUUCGAUAGCAUGCUUCUUAUUUCGGUUGACCAUUUUCUAAAGUUGUUGAGCGACAUUGUGUUCAUAUAUAAUGUACCAGAUUAUUAGUACUAGACGUCUAGACAUUCUACCUUCAAUAUUUUUUGGAACAAAGCUUCAUCUUCUUUGGUUCCGUUUCAUGACAUAAAAGAAUUCACCAAACACAUUUUUUCUGGAGUUUUUGUCGAGUAUUGUAUAACUGAUGUUGCCCAGCCUAUUCUUCUAUGUUAAUAGCUAUCCAGUUAUAUCUAUUCUUUCAUUUGCACUUCGUGAAAGAUGUGUGGCCUACAAUAUUGUGAGUGUUACCUCUCCUUCAAGCUAACUUUUUUUUUCAGAAAGUCUCCUUCAAGAUAUGUAGCCAUCAAUAUUCUACUACACCUUCCGUAGAGAAAGAAAGAUAGGGAUUGGACUGGUUCUUGUUACUUUUGUCAGAGAGAUAUGGGACACACAUGGAGAGAUGGAACAGCCGGGGGGCUAGGGUGCCGCUUCUUGAUCUGCAUAAGCUAAAUUUGCUGCCGAAGUUACUCUGGUAUCUAACUGACAUGUAAAGGAGUCAUGAACAGUUCAACCCAUACAAUGAGCAUUUAUUCCCAAUUAUUUGAGAAAGACUGUGGAGAUUGAUAUCAAGUACGGAGUAUGAAGGUUUCAUGGCAUGACUAAAGUCAAUUACAACAGGUAAUAUGUUCCCAAAAAAAAUUACAACAGGUAAUUUGCUUAUGGUCGUGCUAAUCGAGAAAAUUUCAUUUUCUUUGUCGAGGAACUUGUUUUUAGCUCUUUUGUAGCAGCAAUUGAUUCUUCAUUAUUCUGCAUUAUAAUAAAUAAUGUUGGGGUUAUAAGUUUUUUUCUUUCUUUUCUUAAGAAAAGAACCAGUUCCACUGACUUUGAUAGGUUCAGUUAUUUAAUUUGUCUUGCUUGCUACUUGAAAACCUGUCGACCACUAAUAGUGGUUUCCCUCUUCAGAUUAUAACCCAGGAACACAGGAAACCCCUGGACUUUCCAAAACCAGGCAAAGCACCCCUUGUCGUUGAUUAUGGUGGUUUUCGCGAGCGGUUUUGCCUACGUGGCAAGUUUGUGGUAAGGAAAUUGGAUUUUGAUUGCCACGCUGGACCCUCCCGAUCUUAGCGUCGAACAGAGCCUGGGGGUAGGGGACGUCACGGCGGCUGGUUGACGAGUAGGUUAGUUCUCGUACGUCCCGAUCGCUACUGUUUUUUAGGUCUAUGGUAAAGCGUUGUGAAGAUUGGGGAUGGGGUUUGGGGCGGUGGACAUAGGGCUUUGGGGCGGCAUUGAUCUUUGAUUGUUGUAGCCCUUCGAUUUGGGUAGUUACUGUUGAUUUGGGGCGGCGGAUAGCGGGGUUUCGGGCAAAUGAAAAUCCUUUAUCAAUCUGACAUGAUCUGUGGGAGGUUAUUUUUAGACCAUGCAGUAGAGGAACUGCAUGUCAAUUAAUUAAGAUAGACAAACAAGUCUGAAAAAACGCUGCCAAGAAUGGCCAAGCACCCAAUGCAUGAUAGGACUUGCGAAAUUAAAACUGUACAAUAUUGUACCAAAAGAACUUAAAAACUGUACAAGGCUUUAUGGCAUUACCAUGGGGCUUAUAUGUUAGUUAAAUUACUAUUGGUAGUGAAAGGCAACAGGGAACAUAAGCUAUCAAGCACGUUGUAUGUUGUAUGAGAGAUAUACAGGGAAUAGGGAACAAAGAGAUGUUUGACGCACUCUGUUUUUUUGGGUAGCAUGAUCGGCGGGAGGCAGAGCAGGUAAGUCCUGAGCUCCCAAUGACUCAAGGUGAUUGGCACUUACGUAUCAUAGUCGAUCUUUUUGGAAGAUUGGGGAUGGGGUGGAGAGGCGUAGAGAGGUUUGGGCUAGGUUAUAGUGAGUUGCAGGUUUCAGGUUAUUUGCACUACUGGCUGGGUCAAAAUCUCCCUGGUUUGCAUUUAUGUUCAGGAGCAUGUACUUUGUAUUUGGUCAAUAAACAUAGUUAUUCAUUUAUGUUCAGGAGCAUGUACUUUGUAUUUGGUCAAUAAACAUAGUUAUUCAUUUAUGUUCAGGAAUGUAGCUAGGAUGCUAAUACAACUCACACGUACCAGUGUAGUAGUCGUACGUCAAACUUUCUUUUAAUAGCAUACAUGUGUGAUCGCUGAAAUAUAAUAACACUGUUUUGUGAGUUUAGAAAUUUGAAAAAAUUCAGAAGCAAAUCAUAAUUUGUGCGGCCAGAAAUAUGUGGUUUUUAUGCUUGUUUGUAGAUUGUUGUCGAGUUCAUCAUUUUAGGGGUUAGACUAUUGAAAUGAUCUAUAUCUAGAAGGCCUAUAUAUAUAAAUGUGUGUGUGUGUGAUGUUGUGGGUCUGAUUGCACAUGGAUUAAAUCUUACAUAUGUGCAAACUGCAAAGGGCUUACAUAUGUGUUUAUUUUGCAGAUACUAGUAAGCUUGCACGUGUAACGCACGUCUGAACUCCAUCACAUAAUUAUUAAAACAGUUGUAUGGUUUUAUAUAGAUUUUCAUCUGCAAAUUUUUCACUGAAAAUAAUAUUUGUUUGGGUGGAAAAAAAUCAAAUCACAUGGACAAAUGAAGAAGGUGUAAAUAAUAUUAAAGAUCAAUGGAAAUCUCUACUGAACAUUGGUAGUCUCAUAUGCUUCCCAUUGAACAUCAUACAUUCUGUGAAUUACCACUGCCCUAGGCAAUCCACAAUCCAGCUGUCUUGAUUGUGAAGAUCUGAUAUUGCUCAGUUUAUUCUCAAAUACAUCCUAAUAUACAUAUGCAGAAUCGCGAAGUAAAAGCAGAGAGAAAGAUUAUACCGAAUCUGGCGACCCUAAUCAGAUAGAGAGACAUGAGAGAACAACUAAAAAAGACAAUGAAAGAUUUUAAUGAAUAAAAUCUUAUGCUUACAUAUCAAUCCAUGAGAGAUAACUAUAUUUUUGCAAACUUUCAUUACAACAUUGUCGAAUGUGUGAUCAACAAAGACAAACUACAGUAGGCUUGUAUCAUGCUUUAUGAUUUAACAGAGGCAGUCAACAGAGCCGAACUAAUGGAGAUAAUUCAUCUAGGUAGCUAUAGGAUGCA